AUGUCUAAUCAACCACAACAAUCAAAAUUAAAUAAAGAUUCUCAACCUUUGGUAAGUGGUACACCAGUUACACCAUUUUACCAAAGACAUUUUUCAAACCCAACUACUACGCCUUCUUCAUCCUCUUCUUUUAAUUAUUCAACACCACAUCAACCUCCACAAACUCAAACCAAAACACCUUCAACCAUUUAUCGUUUCCAAUCACCAUAUCACCCAUACUUGACACCUGACACCGAUUCUAGAUCUUUAUAUGAUGUGAACACACCCAAUCAACUUUCAUCAACCAAUGACAAAAAUGUCCAUUCACCACCAAGAGUCACAAUUCCAAUCUCUGAGCUUAGAAAUUUAUCUCAAAAGUUUUUAUUAUCAAUGACAUUGGAAACUAUUCAAUGUAUUGAAAAAGAAACAGAAAAGAAAAAGGUAAAAGUUAGAGAAUGGUUCCGUUUUAAUGUGUUUUCUGAUAAUCAAGAAAUUCCAUGUGUUCAAAUACUUCGUACUGUCUAUUCUGUUUUUUGUUUAUUGACAAAGUCUUCCAAACUCUCACUUGAUAUCAGUUCCACCUUUCAACAAUUUUGGAAUUCUCUUACCAGAACUAGAUCCGUAUGUACCUAUUUCAUCAAAAUCAAUUCAUCUGAUACCAAAACUUUUGCACAACAACCAAAACAAUACCAAAGUUCAAAAUGUACCAAUUAA